GCGCUCGGCACGCUCGUCGAGGGCGUCCUGAGCCGCGUCCUGCGUGAGGUUGAGGCACUCGAGGACAUUUCGGAGCGCGAGAGCGAGAUUCUGGCGACCGUCGUCAAGAGCUUCGGGCCGCUGGAGGAGCUGUUCGUCGAUGCGGCGAGCGGACAAACGGCCGUGGCGCUCUUUGUGCCGUCGUGGUUCAAGUGCUCGUACCUCUCCGAGAUUCUGCAGGGCGGCCUGGUGGACAUCGACUUUCUGUGGAGCGAGGCGGGCGCGCUCGUCGACUAUGAGCCCGAGGAGCUGUCGCGCCUCAUCCGGGCGCUCUUCUCCGACACGCCGAAGCGCAGCAAGCUGCUGGAGAAGAUUGCG